CUCACCUCCUGAUUCACCGCUAUAUUCUGAAUGAAACAUCGUAUCCACAACCCUGACAACUCGAGUCAUUAUGAAAGCGAUUGGUGUCGAAGAAUACGGCCCUGUUGAUCAUCUCAAGGCACGGGAUAUCUCGAAGCCAUCCGAGCUGCAGCCUCGAGAUCUUCUAGUUCGGGUUAAGGGCGUCUCUGUCAAUCCAGUGGAUACCAAGGUGAGAAACGGAACGUACGAUGACUACCCAGAUUACUAUGACCGCGUCCCUCGACCGUUCCAAAUCACCGGAUACGAUGCUGCAGGUGUCGUAGAAGCAGUGGGUUCUGAGUGCUCCUUCUUCAAAGUUGGAGAUGAGGUAUUCUACUCCGGAAGUCCUAUCAGACAGGGCUCCAAUGCAGAAUAUCAAUUGGUGGAUGAAAGGAGUGUGGGGCACAAACCGAAUCGCCUUGACUUCGUCGAAGCUGCUGUCAUGCCUUUGACAUACAUUACGGCUUAUGAAGCUCUUGUCGAGCGGCUGGGUGUCAGGAAAGGUGAAAGGACAUCUUUGUUGAUUAUCAACGGCGCUGGUGGAGUUGGUGCUGUAGCCAUUCAGAUUGCACGCGUAUUGCUUGAGAUCCCUGUGGUCAUCACGACAGCCUCACGACCGGAGACGGUGAGCUUCGCCAAAGAGAUGGGUGCUACUCACGUCGUCAAUCAUCGAGAAGACGUUCCUAAACAGAUAGCAGAUCUGAAUCUUGAUCUACCAUUGAAGUACAUCUUUAUCACACACUCAACGGACCAGUACAUGGACACGUGUGCGAAGAUCUGCUCCCCGUUCGGCAAAGUCUGCUCGAUUGUGCAAGGUCAAGCGAAGAUGUAUGGAACCGAGUUCAUGUCCAAAUCAUUGACAUUCGUCUGGUGUCUUCUUGGCACGAAGCCGUAUCACAAGGUUGACGUUGAAUCGCACCACCGUAUACUGGAGGAGUUGUCGGAGCUCAUAGACUCUGGGAAGAUCAAAUGCCACUUGACCAAGCGACUGAAGCUCACGCUCGAAGGGGUCAGGAAAGGACACGAAAUCCUUGAAUCUGGUGGAAGUAUCGGCAAAGUGGGGUUAGGCCCGGACGAGGCAGGACCUGGAGAGCCCUUCGCUUGAGCUGAUAGAGAUAGGAAUAUUGCUAUUUUGUAAUCACCUCUUAGUAGCGGCAGUAAUAUGAACGACUGGAUCACUA